AUGUCGGACCCUGCUAAGAUGGGUAUACAAAAAGAAGAAGGGCCCAUUGACGAUGUCAAAUCCGGAGCAGGCGCCCGACGUGCCUCCGGUACCGCCAGGCGGUCGCGUCGUAAGAAGGACGACGACCCCGACAAGGACAAGGACAAGACCAAAAAGGACAAGGAACCGAAGGAAACGAAAGAGAAACCGGUCCGAGCUCCUCGUCGGCCACGGGAGAAAUCCAACACCACUGCUUCCCGGAAAAAGCCCAAGCUGGAACCCGCGGAAGAAAGGGCUGCUCCAGACGCUCGCAGCCCUCCACACACCCCUGCAACGCCUCAACCUGCACAGCCCGCUCAACCAACUCAACCUACGCAACCUCAAAUAGCUCCACCGCCUCAACCUCCUCAACAACCUCAACCUGCUCCGACUUCAUACUCAAAUACACCCUCCCAUACAGCCCCAGGAGCUUUGUAUCAGCUGUCACAACCCUCCCGCCCACAAUCGCAACCUCCAGUACCGCAACCGCCACCUCAACGAACCAGCGGGCAAAACUUCGACCCCAUUCGCUCUGCGUUUGACAAUCCAUCUCCAGCGCCCUCAUACAGUCCUUCUACUCGCGCAAUCUCUCCUCGCAAUGCUUAUCGUGCCAGUGCAUCGCCGGCGAUCUCAAGCAUUAUCGAUCCACCAGCCCAGAACUCGCAACCAAUUUACAACACCCUUCAGCGCUCCUCUUCUGGCCAUGUAUCCGGCCUCUCUUCGCCAGCACUGUCUGCGAUGGUUUCCACCUCUCCACAUCCGUCCUUAGCACCCCCCGUUUCCUCCGCUGCCCGUGGAGCCAUGCACAUCCCGCAGGCCAUGUCGCAGUCUACCCCCUACACCACCCCAUACCCACCUACCGAGCAGCGGCCAACGCCAACGCCAUCACAAACUCCUAAACCCGAACCGUCUCCGCCGGUGCAACCUCAGCCUCCCGCGCAACCCGAACCCGCUGUUCUGUCGACUCCGCCCAGACAACAACCAGCCGAAUCAAUGGGAAUCGAUCCCACAGAGCAGCUUGAACCUAGCGCCAAAAAGGAAAAGAGUACAGCUACUGCACCGACAUCAAAGGCCUCAUCUCCCAAGCCAGCGCGAUCUGCCAAAGAUGCUCCUCAACUGCCCCAAGGAUCUGGCAUGAUCACAAACGCGCUGUUCGGCGGAGGAGAGGAACCUGCAAAGUCACCUGACUCACGUAGCGCACCCAGCAUCAUCGUUCAUGUUCCGCUACAAAAGGGCAACCAGAUUGUCAACUUUGCACGGCUUGCAGAAGAGCAAUAUGGCUUCGCUGCCUUGCACCCUCGGCUGGCCGCUCACAAAGCACGCAUGGCUCGUGUGGCAGCUGCUGCGGCCGCGUUAGAACGAAAUGAUAAGACUGCCAAAGGGAUAUCUGCCAGCGAGAGUGCCGAUGAGGAUCUGAGCCUCGAUGCAGAACGCGAUAGUGAUAUGGAUGGCGAUGUUCCCAUGGGUGGUACUGGCACAGGAACCAACGGUGCGCCCUCGGAGACUAGCGAUGGAAAGAAGAAGCGACGCAAGAAGGUUGAGGAAUAUGACCGUGAUGAUCCAUUUGUGGAUGACACCGAAAUGGUGUGGCAGGAGCAGGCUGCUGCCAGCAAGGACGGGUUCUUUGUCUACAGUGGGCCACUAGUCCCGGAGGGAGAAAAGGUCCAAGUGGAACGCGCCGAUGGUACAAUCAAACGUGGCCGCGGCCGUGGGCGAGGAACAGGCCGGGCUCGGACCGUGACCUCACACCCACACGUUCCUAUUGCAGCUGCCGUGCCCGUCUCCCAAGAUACUGGCCUGCCAUUACGUGGACCUGGCUCUCGAGGUGGCACCUCACGCCGACCGCGGGGCAAUAAGAGAGCCGAUGGUGGCAGCGACCGCGCUGCUACCGCAGCCUUCACUGCAUCCGCUUCCCAUGAAAGCCGUGGUGGCCGUGGUGGCGGCACUGGGAGCUCUGGUCGUGGUGGAACUAACAGCACUCGGGGUGGAAAGUCGUCCAUAUCAAUCCCGAUGCCAGAUCUUGCUCCUGCGCCAUCGGGUGUUGCCCAUGGACCCCCUGCUCACAGUUCGCUAGCUAGCCCAGAGCUCAUGAUGAAAUAG